AUGAAACUUUUAUUCGUUUUGGUGACCUAUUUGGCUUUCGCUAGUGCAUAUGACAUAAGUGCACAAAGUGCUACGGAUUUGGCUGCAUAUCGAGCUCAGCAGCAGGAAUGUGUUAAGGAGCUGAAGCUACCAACCGCGGAGGGCACACAAAUCGCCAGUGAUAAGGAGGUAACCAAUCCCUCGGAUGCCUACAAGUGCUAUCAUAACUGUCUCUAUAAGAAAAUGGGUCUCGUCACUGGCGAUAAUCCCAAUAACGAGGCUAUACUCAAGUUUGCCCAGGCACGAUUUAACAAAGUUCCCCUGGAAAAACUGAAGACUGAGCUGAAGGGUUGCACUGCAGCCAUGGCUAAGGGUGCUUCGACAUGUGAAUCCAUCUAUAACUAUGAAAGCUGUGUGGUGAAGGCAUUAAAGGCCUAACAUUGCAUGUUGCAUAAAUGAUAGGUGAUCCGGCAAUCAGGCAGUGAAAUCCGUUAAAUAAUAUAGUUAUUUUACAAUAUUAACGCAUUUGGUGCAUAAUCGAGGUGUGAGCCGCAUUGUGCAUUUAAUUAUGCAAAUUGAAUACGGCAAAUGAGUCAACACAUAUA